GCAGUUGCCAUUCCGAUUAUCUCCUCCCCUCCCUCCACAUUCCUUCUCAUUCUCGCACCUGUCUCUCUCUCUUUCAAUUAAUGUUGGUUUGUGUCGAGGAGUGGAACACCAAUCUUGCGGGGACCAGUUUGUUAUCUUUUACUGUGUUUUAACCGAAUCGAAACAGGACUCUUACGGAAGAAAAGCAACCUGCUAAAUCAUAGCUAGACCAAUAUAUCUGUUUGAACAAUAUGGGCGUUACAGUUGAGAAAAUCAGUGACGGCGACUAAAAGCAUUGUGGAAUAGGUGCAAGAGGCUAGAUCUGGCCAGUUUGAACAUAAAACUGGGAGAAUAUUUGGGUCACAUAUGGCCAUUUUGGAUGCUAGAGGGUCAACAUAUUACUGUGAAACUUACCCCAAAAAAGGACAAAAAGCUACCGUCCAUUAUGUAGCAACUCUUGCAGAUGGAACCAAAUUUGAUUCUUCCAGAGACCGCGACAAACCAUUUACAUUUAAAGUUGGAGGUGGUUUUGUAAUCAAAGGCUGGGAUGAAGGUAUUACCCAGAUGAGUGUUGGUGAAAGGUCAAAAUUGAUCUGCACGCCUGACUAUGGAUACGGUCCAAAGGGUUAUCCAGGAGUUAUUCCACCAAAUGCAACAUUAAUCUUCGAUGUUGAGCUCUUAUCUCUCAACUCUCUUUGAACCUAACCUAUCUUUAUACGAUUAUUUACUGUACAUUCACGAUGAUGGCUACUCCUGCGACAACAAUUCACCAUGUGGCCAGCCCUGCAAAACUCACUCUGGGUGUCAAGUUUUUUAAUAUUUUCUUUUUUAUCUUCUGCCAUUCUAUGACAUAAGAGUGAAGCUGCCAUUUUCAUAAAUUCAAAGAUUUUUACUCAAAAUUUCACUUUCAAGAUGUUUGCUUUUUAAUUCUUUACUUUUUAAAAUUUGAGUAUAUUUCUUGAUUUUCUCUGUGUUGUUAGCUUAUGGAAAGAAAAUGUAGGGCUUAAGUCCUUAUACUAAUUUCAUUCUGUACAAUUUACACAGUUGUAUAACAAAACUAAAAACUAGCUCUGGGAACUAUUAUUUCUUACAAAUUCAUUUAAGUUAAAGAGGUUUUCCUUUUUUUUUUAUUAUUCUUUUUGAUUAAAUAUUCUCUGAUCAUCUUAAAUAAAAUUUUCUCUGAAUAUCUUAAAGAAUUUUGUAUUUACAAACAAUUUUUUGAAAUAUUUCCCUACCAACCUUUUAAAAUUUUAGUUUUAAAAAAAAAAGAAUAUAUUUUCAAAGUAAAAGUUAGGCCAGUAUCAAUGUGAAAAGGUUUUCAAUAGAAAACAUUCUGAAAUAAUUCUAAAUAAUAACAUAAUAAAACAAUGUUUAGUAUUCAUUUGGAAACAGUU